AUCUGUCAUGACAAGUUACAGCAGCAGCAGAGUUCGCCAUUUUGGAAGGCAGCUUUGUUCGUACACUACAAAAGUACAGAUAAAACAUCGUUUUUACCUGUUCGUUUUUUGGGGUACAUCAAUCGAUAGAUAAAAUGCGACAGGCAAAGCGAAUGCGUUCCCCUGGCGUUUGGCUCAGUGAGUUCACCUGGGUGGAGAGCCGAAAGCGCCAGAAGCGAGAUGAUUCGAAUAGCAGUGUGAGGGAGAAUAAAUCUCGAAGACGUCAACACCACCUCAAAACAUAUGAAGGGCACUACCUGGAGACCCACAGCCUGAACCAGCAGAGGAUAGAGUCUAAGGACAGGAGGGGCAGAGAAGCCAGCCUGGAGAUGGGCUACGACGAGGACAGCAGGGCUGCCGCCUCCAGGGAUAGAGACAGAGACCGCGAGAGGGAGAAGGACAAGGAGUGGCACCACUACAGCAAGUCAUCCGGGCGGAGCGGCAAGAGUGUCCGCAGUAGCCGCCGAGGGCGGAGACGCAGCCCUUCUCAUCAACGCUCCUCUUACUCGAGGAGCCAUCAUCGCAGGAGCAGGAAAAGAUCCAGGAGUGUUGAGGAUGAUGACGAGGGUCACCUGAUCUAUCACAGGGGAGACAUGCUGAGAGCCAGAUAUGAGAUUGUGUCCACUCUAGGAGAAGGAGCCUUUGGGAAAGUUGUGGAAUGCAUCGAUCACUCGAAAAUUGGUGCUCGCGUGGCACUGAAGAUCAUUAAAAACAUUGACCGCUACCGCGAGGCGGCCAUGGCUGAGGUGGAGGUGCUGGAGCAGAUGAACUCUCUGGACUGUGACCGGAGAUAUGGAUGUGUGAGGAUGCUGGACUGGUUCGACCACCAUGGUCACGUGUGUAUAUCGUUUGAGCUGCUGGGGCUCAGUACCUAUGACUACCUGAAGGAGAACAACUUCCAGCCGUUCCCUGUAGAACACAUCAGAAUCAUGGCCUACCAGAUCAUCCGAGCCGUACGAUUCCUGCAUAAGAACAAGCUGACACACACUGACCUGAAGCCCGAGAACAUUCUGUUUGUGGACUCAGAGUACGACAUCGAGUACAACGCCAAAAUGAAGCGCGACGAGAGGACGUUGAAGAACCCGGACGUGAAGGUGGUUGAUUUUGGCAACGCCACAUAUGAACACAACCACCACACCUCCGUGGUGUCCACACGCCACUACCGAGCUCCAGAGGUCAUUCUGGAUCUGGGCUGGGACCAUGCCUGUGAUGUGUGGAGUCUGGGUUGUAUCCUCAUAGAAUACUACCUGGGAUCAACUCUCUUCCAGACCCAUGACAGUAAAGAACACCUGGCUAUGAUGGAGAGGGUCCUGGGCCCAAUACCGGUACACCUCCUGCAGAAAACCAAGAAGCGGCGGUACGUCCAUCGGUACCAGCUGGACUGGGAUGCACUCAGCUCCUCUGGGAGAUACGUGAGGAAACACUGCAAACCACUCAAGCAAUACAUGAUGGUCCAGAGCUUGGACCACGACCAGCUGUUUGACCUGAUCCGGAAGAUGCUGGAGUACGACCCGGCUAAACGCCUCUCCCUGGACCAGGCUCUCAGACACCCCUUCUUCACCUGCCUACGCAAGGCCACCAAGAAAUGACCUUUAACCCCAGCCUUGACCCCAACCUGACUCUGCCCUGUCAUCGUGACAAUCAUCACAACCGUUGUGGCCGUGACCAUCACCAUGAAAACUAUGAUGAUUGACUAUGAUGACAACUAUGAUGAUUGACGAUCGUCAUGGCCUUACUUUCUGACUCUCCGGGAGAGAUUGUUUACCUCUGGCUGUAUCAGUCCGCCCAUGUGGCUUUGUAGUCCAUUGCUGUCAUGCUAGUUAGUGUUAAUGUAUUAUGAGUUGUAGCAUGUAGUAUCAACCUGGUUCACUGAUGAAGCUGGUGCAUUAUUCUUUGGGCUGUCAGACUUUAAUCAGUUAACUCCAGUUAACUUUGUUUUUUAAUCGUGAUUUAUCGCAUUAUCUGAAAGCUUUCCAAAUAUACUGAAAACAUCCCAAAUACAUAAUCUAUUCAGCUAAAAACAAGUUGACAUUGAGGUUAAAGAAAGUGUAUUUUUUUCAAUUUACCUAAUUGUGCUAACCGUUAGACAAAAUCAAGAUGUCAAUAUUCUCGAAAUGUUUUUGUAUAAAAAAUCUUAAAUUACAGCUUAAUUUGAGCAAAUUCAGAAUUUGCGAUUAAUGGCAAUUAAUCAAAGCAAAUCCUGUAAUUCACUCGAUUACAUUUUAGAAUUGUUUGACAGCCCUAAUUAUUAUAAGUUGUACGUCCCUUUUUUCAGUAUGACUGGAUUUGUAACUUUUGGAAUAUCACUGUAUGUGUACAUUUCUCAAUAAAAACAUCUGAAGUAUGAA